AUGUCCGUCAUGCGCCAUGGAGGAGGCGGCGGCUUCCUCCAGCGCCGCCUCACUAAGUUGUAUACCGAUACCAAAACCUCUUGUGAAAGUGUCACCACGGCUUCGAAGGCACUUGACGACCCCGAACUUAUCGCCCUUCAUCAGAGUUUCCAAAAACAACGAGAUCGAUUGUUGGCCUGGGGUUUGGAUUGGAGCGACGACAGCGCCGCUCAGCCCAACGACAUCGAUGAGUCUUUGACUGCGGCGGGAUUCAGCGAUGUAGUUGAAAGCGUUAUGUCUUCGAUCCAGGACCAACUCAACGAGGCCGAACGGGUUCAGCACCUCGACCCGCCGAUGCGCCCUUCGAAAGACCGCAAAAUAGACCCGUCCAAAGAAGCUCUCGGAAGCGGACCCCUCAAAACCCAGUGGACAGACGAUGAUAUCAGCCGGUCGCAAACAAUUUUGAGUGACUUGACGGCCUGUAUUGACACACUAUACGAUCUCUCCCGCUCACGGCGGACAAUGGCCUCCAGCAUGUCGUCAUCCAAGCGCCGUGCUCGACCUAUUCCGGCUUCACCACAUGGCUCCUAUUCUGAAUCAAAAGAAAAGGUCCAAAGCCCGAAGCAAAACUCCGAACAAUAUACCCUAUCUCCUUCUGCUAUCCAGCGUGAUUUUGGCGCUCCAUUCAUCUCAUCCCACCAUCUUAUAAUCCAACGAUCCGCCUUGCAGCUAUAUGGGGGCGCUGAUGAUAACAAUCCUCCGCCGUAUGAACCAGUCGCGGCUUCUUCUAAUUCGCGUGCCGUUGGUCGAUUGAACACUUCAGCUUCGCUUGCCCUACAGAGAUCUACCAAAGAAUCUCAUGUAUCGGUCUUAGUUGAGUUCAUGCCAAUUAUGGUGGAUUCCCAGAGGAACUCGAAGAAUUCCCGUCUGGAAAAGCUACAACAAUCCCUGGAGCAGUUGCUACAGAAUGCCAAGGUCUCUCAUCUCGGCCUAUUACGAUUUCUGGGCUACUGCAUUGAUGAGCCUAACGCUCGUUACGCCUUCCUUUAUCAGAUGCCCGUCGAUUAUUUCCCAUUUUUACGCAACCCGAGUGACUUGUUGAAAGAAUUAAAGCCCAUGCCGCUUGUAUCGCUUCUGCCUUCUCCUUCUGCAGAAGACUAUCGCGAGAAGCGGAUGCCAAAUCUGGAGACGCGCUUUCGGCUUGCCUAUGAUCUUUUGAUGUCUGCCUUACAUCUACGAACUCAAAAUGCAGUCCAUGGUAAUAUAAACAGUAGCAACAUCAUUUUCUUUCCUGGCCGGACAGAUGCGAAUAACGAUGAAAGUGGGUUGGCUCCCGAUCUUCGUCGUCCUUAUCUGACUUCUCCGGCUCGGUUCUCUGGAGACGGACCUACCCCCGAGCCAUUGAGUACGGCCAUGUAUCGCCAUCCUGAAGACAAGAGAAAUGUUGACGAUGAUGGUGCGUGGGCUUAUGACCUCUACUCGCUCGGUUUGAUUUUACUGGAAAUUGGUUUAUGGGCACCGAUUGGUCGCCUAUGGAAGACGAAGUAUGACCGCACCUGGUUCAAGCACCGCGUCGAAGACUUGUACGUGAAGAAGCUUGGCGCAAAAUGCGGUGGCGCAUACCUCCAGGCUGUGCAGCUUUGUCUUGAUGCGCCAAACUUCCAUCUUUCUACACAACCAAUGACGGACCUUUCCCUCCGUGUUCCUCAAAUAUACCAUUACCCCGUCCUUGACUUGUCCGAUCCCGACGGAACGUUUUCUUUUUCGAUGAACUUUAUGUACACCAUUUGCAAGAUUUUAUGGUCAUGCUGUCGGAUUGAUAUCUUUUCGGCGCCGUCUGCCGAGGAAUUGGAUGACUACCUACCGCUAGCUCUUGUCCCCACCCCCGAGCCUACGCCCGAAAAUGAGCAGGUAGCUGCAUAUAUGUCCGCCCGUGAGACAUCUCUCUUGGACAAGAAGCUGCCAACAAUUCCCGGUGAACAGUGGGGUACAGUGACACAGGAGAAAAGCCUAGAAAAGCUCGCCAAGAAACGCACAGUCAAGCGGCUUCCUAAUAUUGAUAUUCCGGAUGAGCAUCUACAAGAAUGGAAUUUCCAGAUGAUGCCGAAAUUGAGCCGACUCCUACAAAAGAUUCUGAAAGAGUCAAACGAGUCCUGCGGGGCCACUUUAAUGAUGACCGGAGAAUCAGCCGAAAACGCUCGGACCACUAUUUGUGUUACAUGUGCUAGUGUUAAGAAAGUUCGAUCUGCCCUGAAGAAACACUUUCAGAUAGGCCGUGACGAUUGGGAUCUUAUUGUUCUUCGAGGUGACAUCGAACGAUCGAAGGUUCCUCGCAAUAAACGCCGCAAGCCGGCGAAGACGCGUCCUAACGGAUCCAAUGAAACGCCUUUUCGUCAACGAGAACUGAAUCCGUGUUACCAGCAACGACCCUUAUGCGGAGCCUCAAUUGGUGCUUUCCAAAAUGAGGAACACUUACCUCCAGUUUCUUAUGGUGGAGCAGUCCUAGUCGAUGGAAUGCCCUAUGGUCUGACUGUCCAUCACAUGCUUGAGGCCCCAAGUGAUGAUGAAGGCUACGAGAAUGACGAUCAAGAUGGCCCGGCUCGCUCCGCAGGUAACUGGCCUCGCAAUACGCCCACGAUCCCGCAAACGGAUUUGAUGUAUACUCAUCCGGACAGUGAACGAUCGGAAUUCAAUCUAGACCUCGAGAUCUCGGAUUUUGAAGAUGACGAUGAUGCAUCACAGGGCCCGGAUGGCGGCCACGAUGAAUACUGGCUAUCUGAGGAUGACUCCUCUGACGAUGAAUCUAUCGACCCCGACAAUGAUGACGACGACGCUGCAUCAAUAGGCGACACAACUGGCAUUGACCCUGGUGAAGAACCACGUCUUUUUGUCACCCAACCGGCCAUUGAUGAUGUCCAUGAGGAUUUUUUUCCAUCCCCCGAAGACCGCGAUGAUGAGCAUCUUGCCUCACAUUCAUUAGGUUACAUCCACGCCUCUUCGGGUGUGCGACGCUGGAUGUGGAAAGGAAUUAAACAUGAGAUCGACUGGGCUCUCAUCAAAGUCGACGAUUCCCGCAUGGAUCCUCGAAAUAUCAUCAUUGAUAACACGACGUCCUCCCCUACCAGACCCACCCCUGGACGACUCGCCCAACGUCCACCCAUAUAUCUCAAUCAAAUUGCGCGGAUGGAGGAAUUGGGUGGUUUGCAGGUUCUUUGUUGCGGCCGUACAAGUGGACUACAAUCUGGUCUCAUAUCGAAGGCAAUGACGCUGGUCAAGCUGCAUGGUCGGCACUCCUUUUCGACCAGCUUCUGUGUCAAUGGGAAUUUUGGAGCCCCCGGCGACUCCGGCGCAUGGGUAUUUGACAGAUCCAACGGUCGCGUCUGCGGUCAUGUUCUAGCCUGGUCCGAGAAAACCAACACUACCUACAUUGCCCCCAUGGAAGUCACCAUCGAAGACAUAACCCGCACCCUCAAUGCCACCCUCGUCUCCCUACCUGGCGAUCCCACCCAGUCUUUGGGGUAUGCAUCCUCUGGCUCGCCGCAAUCGGCCCAAUACCGCUACCAAUCGCAACAACUUCCUGGAGACUUCGGUCGCUUGACUGUUGGCGGCCCUCCCACGCCCCCAAUGCCUCCGCCGCAUGCUUUCCCCCACCCUCAUCCGCACCCCCACUCCCAUCCUCACCAUCCAGGCUUCGGUCGGCCUCCACCACCACCUCCCCCUCCUCCGCGCCCCGGCUCUCGGGAAGCUCAUGGUUUCCGCGGCCGGAUGUCCCCUAUACCACCUUCCCUUUUGACAGGACCUCGCAAUGUUGAGCGUCAGCUUGCCUGA